AUGUCAAUAGAGGAAAUAAAGACUCCAGAAAAGAACCUUCAUGCCAAUGAGAGAAUAGGGCUCUUGUUGGGCUCAAAAGCACUGGUGCAACUGGUGGCAAACCCAUUAGUGGGCUGGUGGGCCACUAGAGUUGGGUACGCCCUGCCUUUACUUGUGGGGACCUCUUACCUGCUUGUUUCAUCCUUGGGUCCAUUUUUGGGAGGAGAACUGGCAGAAACCAUAGGCUUUCCAUGGGCUAUGCGAAUUGUGGGCUUUGCAAAUUUAUUCUACGCCCCGAUUUGCUGCAUUUUGCGAUACCAAGACGCAGUUCCUGAUUCCACGAUUGAAACACCAGAAUUGGGAGAGAAAAAGGGACUCUGGAGGGACUUUGUCAAAAUGCCAGCUGCCACAGUGUCGUACAAAACAAUGUCUUUGAAGUCGGAUUCUUCGAGGGAGGAUGAAGCUGAUCACGGUGGUGAGGGCGGUUGCAAAACGAAGGAUGCUAAGCCCAAGAGAGAAGCGACACCUACCUGGCCGUUUCAUCAAUUUGGAAACCGGGAUGAGAGCGAAUACCACUGGGGCACAAUUCGUGAUCAGGAAUCUCCUGUGGAGGAAUUCGGCCAAGAAGUCGUAGGUUACGAACAAUUCAACGGCGGAACCCCAAAGAAAUUCCAGCAAUACGGGAUCAUCUCGUCCCAGGGUUUCAGCAACCCGAAAGAACAACAACUCCUCAACUACAAUCCCCUUCGAACCAAACGGGAAAAUCUAUUUUUCCCAACAGCGCCUCAAUAUCACCAUCACCACCAAACAGGUGCAUCAGAAGCCUCGGAUCGUCAAAAUUUCCAAUAUGAUCAACCCAAGGAGAGUCUCAUGCAGGAUCCUUACAAUCAAAUGCCUGUUUGGGACGCUGACUACACCGGAUAUCCGGCGGAAGCAGGAGGAGGAGCCAAUUAUGACCACGCAGUGCGAGGGAACCAAAUGGCCUUUGGACCCGACUGUGGUUGUCAAACCAUCGCAUUGGCGCAUCAUGAUGGGCAACCCAUUGCCACUUCUGCUUUCGAUUGAAAUUCAAGAAUUAAUCAAAUGAUUAAAUUUGAAAAAGAAAAAUUUUGAUCAUUCGUUCGUCUAUUUUGGGGGAAAAUCCGAGGGAGAAUUGAUCUGUGGCUCGGCGAAAGCCUUUUUACAUGAUCUAAUGACGCGAUGCAUUUUCCAUCAGUUAAUGAAUAAAUUAUUUAAUAACCCCCCAUAAUUGUUUAAAUGUUUCUUCAAGCCUGAAAAAAAAUUAGGAGUCAUCCUGAAGGUUAAGAAAUGCGAGUACUGUACCAGAAAAAAUCAGCGAAAGUUAACUUGACAACUAAUGUUUCGUACCGUUGUUUUCAAAAAUCUCGGCGAUAUUGAAGACUACGGGUUGAGUGAAUUUGCAGUAAAUAAAAGCUCAAAAACUUGAGAUUUUAUGUCGUAUUCAUCAAAUUUUUUUUUGCAUCGCGCGUUUUUUGGUUUUGCUGAUCAAAGAAGUCUUCAAAUUUCUCUUUUUAUAAGAGAAACUUAAAAUUCGACAAGAAUUGGUUGGACAUGAACGAACUUUUUUUAAUGAAGUGAUCUGUUCGUCUAUUGGUGAUUAAAAUAAAAAAAAUUCACGCCGAAAA